AUGGAAAGAGUGGAGAAUCUUACUGAGCUUCUUGCAGCUCAAAAUCAUGUAGGCAACCAAAUGCUCAACUUCAGAAAGUCCGCGUCUCUAAAAUGUGUAAUUGAACUGGGAAUCCCAGAUGCCAUCAAUCAACAUGGGAAGCCUAUCACACUUUCUCAGUUGGUUUCUGCCCUUCCAAUUAACCCUUCCAAAGCUAGCCACAUCUAUCGCUUGAUGCGAUUCUUAUCAAAGGCCGGCUUCUUUGUUCUACAAGAUCAAGGCUAUGCGCUCACAGCUGCAGGCCGUCUUCUUUUAAAAGACGAGCCUUUCAAUUUAAGGGCACUUAUCUUUUUUAUGAGCGACCCUGUUUUAGUGAAGCCCUGGAAUUCUUUGACUGAGUGGUUCAGGAAUGAUGAUCCCUCUCCAUUUGAUACGGCGCAUGGGAAAAACUUCGGGGCUUAUGCUGCUGAAGAGCCAAAUUUUGCAAACCUCUUCAAUGAAGCCAUGGCCAAUGGUUCUACUUUAAUCGGUCAGGUGAUGAUGACCCACUGCAAGUUUGUGUUUGAUGGCUUGACAUCUUUAGUGGAUGUUGGGGGUGGCACAGGGGCAGUUGCUAGGGCCAUUGCCCAAAAUUUCCCCAACAUGGAGUGUGUUGUGUGUGAUCUCCCACACGUGAUUGCCGGCCAAGAGGGAACUGAGAACUUGGACUUUGUUGCAGGAGAUAUGCUAGAGAAGGUACCUGCUGCUGAUGCAAUCUUGCUCAAGGGGAUUCUCCAUGACUGGAGUGAUGAAGAUUGUGCGAAGAUUCUCAAGAACUGCAAAGAGGCUAUUCCAGGGAGAGACAAAGGGGGAAAAGUCAUUAUUAUCGACAUGAUUUUGGAAAGCCAGAUGAAAGACGAGGAGUCAGUAGAAACACAAGUUGGUAUGGACAUGCUGAUGUUGAUGUGUUACGGUGCUAAAGAAAGAACUGAGAAAGAAUGGGCAAAGCUUUUCGAAGAUGCUGGUUUCAGUGACUACAAAGUACUUCCAGUGUUGGGUGUGCGCUGUCUCAUUGAGGUUGAGUAUGGCUAUGAAAAUGGCGAAAUAGCUUUCAAGGAUGGAGCUCUAAUUGCUGCUGAUGCCAUUCGCCAUGCUACUGGGGUGUUUCUUGAUCAAGUCAGCGUGGGAAUGCUUGCGCUCCAGCAGGAAUACAAUGUUGGUUAA